AUGUUCUGUAGCAUCUACACAUUUUAUAUCAGCCUACGACUGUGUUGGCGUGUCUCGGGGACAGAUUCUGGAGACUUCAGUGCUAAGUCCAUUGGUCUGCAGUCGAUUUCGAGGGAGCAGGAUGUGCAGACAGACCCGUACUCGCCACAGUACAUUUGCACUUCUGGGGCUCAACCUGAAGAAUUAGGAAUAUCGCACCUUUGCUGGUCAAGGGGGCUUCCUGCGACAUCCCGCGAGAUCCGAGCUAUCCAGGAAAUGCAGCUGCAGCGGCGGCUUGAUCAAGUGCUCCCACCUCCGACCGAUGAGUUCUGUCUAGCAAUCCGCACUACCUUAAUGGAACGUCAAGAGCUUUGGAAAUGGGCUCAGAGGGAGCGGGACAUUCGUGAGCUGCAGGACUUUCUAGCCCUAGAUGCCAUAGAAGAGCGACUGUGCAAUAGCGCAGCGCCUGCUUUGGAACGCACAGCAGUCAUUCUGCAAAGAGAAGUGGCAGCUGAGCUACUAACGGGGACAUCCUUGCAGCUGCAGAUCGACCUCGCUGCGGCACCUCCAGCGUACUCUGCCUCAGAGGGGGGCUCCGUUGCGGCGCGUCGGCUCAUAAAAAGAGCGGUACCCAUGGAAGAAGAGCUUGAUGCAAAGGCAGUGCUACUUCUGCAGCAGCUUCUGCGUGGAGCGACCAGGCGUAAGAUAAUGAUGAAGGGCAAGGAAAAGAGCCUGGACCUCGUAAAUAUGCUUCGCGCUGCCGAACAGCUACAGGAUGUGCCGCCAAGACAGCAACAAGAGUCAGUGGAUCAGCAGACAGCCUUGGAGGCAGCCGAGGUCCUUAUGGCUUCUGCUCAAGGGAUGGCUAUUGCUGAAAUGCUUGACGAGCUAGCAAAAGAACAGAGGCGCAUGGAAGAAGUGCAGCGGAUAUCGGCGCUUGCCCAAUUGGCUGUGCGGGAGAGACGCUUACGCGAGGCACAGGAAUACGGUACUCGACAGGCUGAAGAAAUGCUUCGGGAAAGGGAAAACCGGGCGUUUCAGAAUGCAAUGGGCAUCAACAAUCAAACGAUUGACUCUUAUCUCCAAGCUAUCAUUGAAAAGGCAGGGGCAGGGAAUGCUCAAGAAGAGGCACUGUUGGAAGUUUGUCUGCAUUCUGAGCAUUUGGCUAGAAUUGUUGAUGAUCUGCAAGAGGGUCACGAAGAACCGCAGGUCAUUGUAGGGGAACUUGUGAGGGGCCUCCUUAUGCCAAGCCUUGCAAGCCAGUGUCAACGAAGGGACGAGCAAAUUGAAGAUCAUAAGUUCCGUGUGGCAGCCCGCCUUGCGGUAGAGGAAACGGUCGUCGGAGCCUUAGCUGACGGAACUCUAAAAGUAGAGAAUGCACCAGCUGCUGGCGGCAAUACUUCUUGA